UCCUCGUUCGCCAGAUGGGCACCAGUGCACCCGCAGCAGAGAUCUCCGCCGUUGCAGCCCCACCCGCCUUCUCGACAGGAGAAGGAGAAGGAGGGGCGAGGCAGCGUGUCGGGGGGCGUGCACCGCGAGGACGGCGUGGGCACCGUCGUGCAGGCGCAGGGCCAGGGCAACGUAUGGACCAGCAAGGACGGCAACUCGCGCGUCGACGCGCACGGCCAGUGGUCCAAGGUGGUGGACGGGCCCGGCCGCGGCAAGCCCGACUACAACGUCGGCAUCAAGUUCAGCAGCUCCUUCUAGGCCGCCCAGCGCGCCUCAAUAAUGCAGAAUAACUGAAAGGCUCAACAGUUCAAGGGGCUAAUCUCACAUUAACCUAGUUAUGAGAUAUUGGAAGUUUGAAUGGAACUUUCAUUAUAUAACUCAGUAUAUUUAAAAACUUUUAAACACAGUACACUUGCAUACAGGUUCAUACUGGAUUUCCAUAACAUAUCACACUAAAAUAAUAUUUAAAGUUAUAUUUAAUGCUAAUAACUUAAUUUCACAAAUCGUGCAGGAUAGCCCCUUGUUCUACUGAGACAAUUGUUGGCCAUCGUUUUCAUGCAUUAAAACGACUUGUCUUGCCCGUAGUUCUUUCAUCAUUUGGAUGAUGACAUUUGCACUUCCAAUGACGUUGCCAUCUCAUUGUUUUUAUAAAUGUGUGUAUAAUGUGUAUAU